UUCAACGCCAUUUUUUCACUACGGUGUACGUUCACACAUUGCGCGGAUUGUUUGCUUUUUUCGUUUGUUGAUAUUACGAAAGCAGUGAGACGGAGCUUUGGCUGAAAACAACGCAUAUUAGCGCAGCUCACUGAACUGCCACAACACUGUCUGGGGAGAAAAAAGCAGCAACAGGAUGGUCUUUCCACAGAUAUUUGCGUUCGCCACCACCGUAGGGGUCAUGACGCUCGCCGCCAUCGGUUUAGUGUACUAUCUGAACAAUCAAGCUCAACCGCACCGGACGUACGAACGAGCCAGCAACAAUCAUAGUACGGGCAACCGAUCGGGUGAUUACAGCCGAUACAAUCCCUCAGAUAGUAAAGACAUCUACUGCACUAUCUGCCUGGAGAAGAUACAGCCCGCGGUCCGAUGGUGCCUCCCCUGUGGGCACUCCUUCCAUGUGGAAUGUCUCAGCAAAUGGAUAGCCAACAAGCAAGAGUGUCCGAACUGUCGAAAACAAUUCUAACCCGUCACACACACACACACACUUUUCCGGAGGGAACGUGUUGCCGGUUUUGGAUAAAGUUUGCUGUCUCCGACGCUUUACUCAUCUGGCGGCGGGAUGACGCCAGUGUGAAGGUGAUCGGUUCUCCCCCUAACAGAGUGGAAUGAGCUUAGGGAUCUUAGAUGAAUUCUCCAUUCGAAUAGUGGAAUGAUGCCUUACGGGUGUAAAUCCCGACAUUUGGUCAUCCAGUUUGUUUUUGACUAGUGAGCUGAUCCGACGAGAUCUUCAUUUGUACGCGUGAACAUAUCGGGGGAAUGUUUGCCAGCAGCGCUGCAUCACACACCCAUUCGAAUAAUACGAAGCAAUAAUGAGCGGAACACAAGGAGCAAACGUGAAUCCCAUGUUUAAUCAGAAAAUCUUUUUUGUGUUUGUUUUUUUUUAGGAAGAUAAUACUACGCCGUGCCACAAUCGGUUGAACAGUGAUAAUAUACUUUAAAACAAUAAACUUUGCUUCUCGACGACUCUAUUCUCUACCAAGUAAA